AUGGCUCAGCAACCUCCGAGCUUUUUCCCAACAACGGCUCUUGAUCAUGCUGCUGCUGGACUCGGUGCGGGCGUCGUGGCCGUCAUGUGCAUGCAUCCACUGGAUCUACUCAAGGUCAAGUUUCAGGUUGAAACUGGCCCGGCAAAGGGUGGAAUUGGGAAGCAGAUAUGGUAUUCUUUACGCGAUAUUCAGAGACAGGACGGCUGGAAAGGGUUGUACCGUGGCAUAGGGCCCAAUAUUGCGGGAAAUGCAUCGAGCUGGGGCUUCUACUUUCUCUUCUACAACAUGCUAAAAAAGCGGGCAGGUGGGGGUGACCCGAACGCGCCGUUAUCUGCAUCAUCCUAUCUGCUAUGUUCCGCGCAAGCAAGUGCCGUGACGGCCAUUAUGACCAAUCCCAUAUGGGUUGUGAAAGUACGGAUGUUUACAACGAAGCCCGGGUCAUCCACUGCGUAUCGAAGUCUCUGGCACGGCCUUUCCUCCAUCUAUCAUUCAGAAGGCACAGCUGGGCUAUUUCGUGGAACCUCCCUCGCUCUCUUUGGUGUCAGCAACGGUGCUAUACAGUUUAUGGCAUAUGAGAAGAUGAAGAAAUGGGGCUUCGAUAGAAAACGAAAACAGUUCCAACACUCGGGACGAACAAUGACCCCCGCCGACGAUAAAUUGUCGAACACGUCUUACACCAUAAUGUCGGGUGCCAGCAAGCUGGGAGCCCUUUCCAUAACAUAUCCAUAUCAAGUCAUCCGUUCGCGGUUACAAAAUAAUGCUACCACCCAUCUAUACCCAACGAUACCCGCUACAAUCCGUCGCACAUGGCUCGAGGAAGGACUUCGAGGAUUCUAUAGAGGUCUAGGUACAAACUUGGUUCGGGUUCUUCCCGGAACUUGCGUGACCUUUGUCGUGUAUGAGAAUAUUGCCUGGCUCCUCAGGACCACCGCUUCAAACCGAGAGGAAAAACGACGUGAACGGCUUGGAAUAGAACCUCCUGCAGGAGACCGACGGACUAAUUCGUAG